AUGGCGAUGUCUGUCGCUCCUCACGACGAUGACCCAGAGCCUGCUGUGGCCCUUGAGCCAGUUGACGCUCCUGACCCCGCAUUGGAGCAUGACCCUAUUCAUGCUGAUGCACCUGCGAUUGCCCCUUUGGGUGAUGAUAUACCUGUCGAUGAUCACUCUAUUGUUGCUCCACUAUUGGAGGAUGAUCAUGUCGUUGAUGCUCAGGUUGAUGCCCCUCACAUUGUUGAUAUACCCGCUGAGCCUGUUCUUGUCGCUCCUCUUCCUGACCCUGUUCCUUUGGAGCCCGACCAUGCACUCUUCGCGACUCAUGUUGACCCCCGUUAUGCGCACACCCAGAAUGGGUGGAUUGAUGAUGAUGAUGAGUACCCGCCUUUUGUGGUACCAGUUACACCCGUUCCAGCCCCUGUGUCAGUUCCUCCUAAGAUUACUCCGCCAUCGCGCCCGGGAGAGGGUUCCUCGACUCACCCCUUCGGUCAUGUGCCGACGUCUGUCCCGGUCAUACCACAAUUUUCUUCUGUUGUUCCCCCUGUUCCACCAUUUACUGUGCCACCUUUUACUCCAGCUAGUGAGCCUUUUCUUUGGACGUCACCACCCAUCAUGCCACCAUCCGAUCCCUAUCAUCCUUUUCACAUGGGUUAUUCUGUCGAGGACAUUUUCAGGUCAUUCAUGGUCCAGCAGGAGGCACUUACUCGACGCGUGCAGGAGCUCGAGAGAGCUCAGAGACCCCCAUGCCAGUGCCCUACUCAUCCUGCGAUAUCGCAUCCCCCUCGACCGUUAUCACCAGACUCUGCUGCACGUUUUUGGACACAGGAGCAGCAGAUAGCUUUCUUGUUGCGUUCUCACCGAGCCAUGGAGGAGGAUUGGCUCCACAUGCGCCGUUUGUUCUAUUCCCAUUUUCCCCCUCCUCCACCGCCAUCAGCGUAG